AUGGGUGACACAUAUACGCAAUCCACCUUGCAAACCUUGCUGCAUCCCCAUUCAGACCCUGAACGCUGUCCACGGGCUCCUACAGGCUACCAGGGGAAGGCUCACAGCGCUUCAAGAAAGAUACACCAUUCAGCAGCAAAUGCACCCAAACCACAAGCUCAACCCCACCUUCUCGUUACCGGAACGAAGGAAAUUUCAGUACAACAGCAAAGCUCUGUACCAGGACCGAUCAGCGAAAGAUGGGCAAUCUCGAUAUUGACUAAUCCCGUAACUGCGUAGUUUGGAAAUGUACAUACCUGAUUUUGAG